GAAGAAGCCUCCCUCAGGGCACUGGAAAGUCUGAUGACAGAAUUUUUCCAUGAUUGCACGACCAAUGAAAGAAAACGUGAGAUAGAGGAGCUUCUUAAUAACUUUGCCCAGCAAAUAGGAGCCUGGAGAUUCUGCCUGUAUUUUCUCUCCAGCACUAGGAAUGAUUAUGUAAUGAUGUACAGUUUAACGGUUUUUGAGAAUCUGAUCAAUAAAAUGUGGCUUGGGGUCCCAUCUCAGGAUAAGAUGGAAAUCCGUAGCUGCCUGCCCAGACUUCUCUUGGCUCACCAUAAAACCUUACCUUACUUUAUCCGGAACAAGCUCUGCAAAGUUAUUGUUGAUAUUGGCCGUCAAGAUUGGCCAAUGUUCUACCAUGACUUUUUUACUAACAUUUUACAGUUGAUCCAGUCCCCUGUGACAACCCCCCUUGGGUUGAUCAUGUUGAAGACGACAUCAGAGGAGUUGGCUUGCCCCCGGGAAGACCUUAGUGUGGCUCGGAAAGAGGAGUUGCGGAAGCUGCUGCUAGACCAGGUGCAGACAGUGCUUGGGCUGCUGACAGGUAUCUUGGAGACCGUCUGGGACAAACACAGCGUUACUGCCGCUACUCCGCCACCAUCCCCGACCUCAGGAGAUAGUGGUGACUUACUGAGUAACCUGUUACAGAGUCCUAGUUCAGCCAAAUUACUGAAUCAGCCAAUCCCCAUCCUUGAUGUGGAGAGUGAGUAUAUCUGUUCUCUGGCUUUGGAGUGCCUGGCUCAUCUCUUCAGUUGGAUUCCUCUGUCUGCCAGCAUCACCCCAUCCCUCCUUACCACCAUCUUCCACUUUGCACGCUUUGGCUGUGACAUCCGGGCCAGAAAGAUGGCAUCAGUUAACGGCAGCAGCCAGAACUGUGUCUUGGGUCAGGAGCGUGGCCGACUUGGAGUUCUGGCCAUGUCCUGCAUCAAUGAACUCAUGUCCAAGAACUGUGUGCCUAUGGAAUUUGAGGAGUAUUUACUGCGUAUGUUCCAGCAGACUUUCUACCUCCUGCAGAAAAUCACCAAGGAUAACAAUAUCCACACGGUGAAGAGCAGACUAGAAGAACUUGACGAGAGUUACAUCGAGAAGUUUACUGACUUUCUCCGGCUCUUUGUGAGUGUUCACCUGAGAAGAAUCGAGUCCUACUCUCAGUUCCCCGUGGUGGAGUUUCUGACACUUUUGUUCAAGUACACAUUUCAUCAGCCUACUCAUGAAGGUUACUUCUCCUGUUUGGAUAUCUGGACGCUCUUUUUGGACUAUCUGACAAGUAAAAUUAAAAGUCGUCUGGGAGACAAGGAAGCAGUUCUCAACAGGUACGAAGAUGCCCUGGUCCUCUUGCUCACGGAGGUGUUGAAUCGGAUCCAGUUCAGAUACAACCAGGCCCAGCUGGAGGAGCUGGAUGAUGAGGCUCUGGAUGACGAUCAGCAGACUGAGUGGCAGCGGUACUUACGCCAGAGCUUGGAGGUGGUGGCCAAAGUGAUGGAGCUCCUUCCCACCCAUGCCUUCUCAACACUGUUCCCAGUUCUUCAGGACAAUUUAGAAGUUUAUCUGGGUUUACAGCAAUUUAUAGUUACUUCAGGGUCAGGACACAGGUUGAACAUCACAGCGGAGAAUGACUGCCGGCGAUUGCACUGUUCCCUGAGAGAUCUGAGCUCCCUGCUGCAGGCUGUGGGCCGCUUAGCUGAGUACUUUAUUGGUGAUGUGUUUGCUGCUCGCUUCAAUGAUGCUCUCACCGUCGUGGAGAGAUUGGUCAAAGUCACUCUGUAUGGAUCUCAGAUAAAGUUGUACAACAUUGAGACUGCUGUGCCAUCAGUACUGAAACCUGACCUCAUUGAUGUGCAUGCUCAGUCCCUGGCUGCUCUCCAGGCUUACUCUCACUGGUUAGCACAGUAUUACAGUGAAGUCCAUCGGCAGAAUACACAGCAAUUCGUCUCACUGAUCUCCACCACCAUGGAUGCAAUCACACCUCUAAUCAGCACCAAGGUCCAAGACAAGUUGUUGCUGUCUGCGUGCCACUUACUGGUCUCACUAGCCACCACUGUGCGGCCAGUCUUCCUGAUCAGCAUCCCCGCAGUACAGAAAGUGUUCAACAGAAUUACCGAUGCCUCUGCCCAGCGGCUUGUCGACAAGGCCCAGGUGUUGGUGUGCCGUGCCCUCUCUAAUAUCCUGCUGCUUCCAUGGCCAAACCUUCCAGAAAAUGAGCAGCAGUGGCCUGUGCGCUCCAUCAACCAUGCCAGUCUCAUCUCUGCACUCUCCCGAGACUAUCGCAACCUGAAAGCCAACGCUGCCGCUCCACAGAGGAAGGUGCCAAUGGAUGACACCAAAGUGAUCAUCCACCAGACACUUAGUGUCUUAGAAGAUAUAGUGGAGAAUAUCUCUGGAGAAUCCACCAAGUCUCGACAGAUCUGCUACCAGUCGCUGCAGGAAUCCGUUCAGGUCUCCCUGGCCCUCUUCCCAGCUUUUAUCCAUCAGUCAGAUGUGACUGAUGAGAUGCUGAGCUUCUUCCUUACCCUAUUUCGAGGCCUUAGAGUACAGAUGGGCGUGCCUUUCACAGAACAGAUCAUACAGACUUUCCUCAAUAUGUUUACCAGAGAACAGUUAGCUGAGAGCAUCCUGCAUGAAGGCAGCACGGGCUGUCGGGUGGUCGAGAAAUUCCUGAAGAUCUUGCAGGUGGUGGUCCAGGAACCUGUGCAGGUGUUCAAGCCCUUCCUUCCUAGCAUCAUAGCUCUGUGCAUGGAGCAGGUGUAUCCCAUCAUUGCUGAGCGCCCCUCCCCUGAUGUGAAGGCCGAGCUGUUUGAGCUCCUCUUCCGGACGCUCCAUCACAACUGGAGGUACUUCUUCAAGUCCACAGUCCUGGCCAGUGUCCAGAGGGGGGUUGCCGAGGAACAGAUGGAGAACGAGCCCCAGUUCAGUGCCAUCAUGCAGGCUUUUGGACAGUCCUUUCUACAGCCUGACAUCCAUCUAUUUAAACAAAAUCUGUUCUACUUGGAGACUCUCAACACCAAGCAGAAGCUAUACCACAAGAAGAUCUUCCGGACCACCAUGUUGUUCCAGUUCGUGAAUGUGCUGCUCCAGGUGCUGGUCCACAAGUCUCACGACCUUCUGCAGGAGGAGAUCGGCAUUGCUGUCUACAACAUGGCCUCGGUUGACUUUGAUGGCUUCUUUGCAGCCUUCCUCCCAGAGUUCCUGACCAGCUGUGAUGGCGUGGAUGCCAACCAGAAAAAUGUGCUGGGACGGAAUUUCAAGAUGGAUCGGGACCUGCCCUCGUUCACCCAGAAUGUGCACAGGCUGGUCAAUGACCUGCGCUACUACAGACUCUGCAACGACAGCCUGCCCCCUGGCACUGUGAAGCUCUAG